AGGAUGGUGGCAGUCAUUACUGUGCUUUAGAAAGCUGACUUCUGUUUUGACAUAACAUUUCUGGAAAACGAAAGCUGAUGGGGAAGAUCUGAGUAAAGCAUCUGGACCAGAGUUAAUCUGCCAGGGCUGCUUCUGAGUAUUUGGCUGGGCAGCAGUGAUAUUCCAGUUGGAAAGGUCUUCCAUAUCUCACGUUGAGAAGUUCCAUAUCAUACUAAACAUGGAGAAGGAAGAAAAGAAAUUUGUCAAUAAGGCAGAGGAGGAGGAGAUGGAAAUCUAUGGUUAUGAAUUAUGUCGUUGGAAGCUGGUGCUAGUUACUGUAGGAGUGAUCUGUUCUGGUGGCUUCCUACUCCUCCUCCUCUACUGGAUGCCUCAGUGGCGUGUGAAAGCAACGUGCAAAAAGACUACGCUUAAAGACUGUGAAGUGGUUCUGCUGAGAACAACUGACGAAUUCAAGAUAUGGUUUUGCGCAAAGGUUCGCAUUAUGCCUUCUUUGGGAGCCAGUCCUUUACAGAAUCAUGUCCCUUUUGUACACAAGGUUUCAAAUGGCCACGCUGUUCAUUUCUGUGAAUCUGCUGCAGAAGAGAAUAAAAAUUAUUUGAAAAAAUAUUUGCCUAUUCGUUAUUUCACCCAUCACAGCGUGAAGUAUUUCUGGAAUGAUUCAGCUCAAAGUUUUGAUGUUAUACGAGGAUUAGAUGACUCUACGUUCUGUUCUUCAAUUCACAAUGAACACAGCAGAGGACUGACAAAGGAGAUGCAUGAUUAUAGGAAAAUGUUCUUUGGAAUAAAUGAAAUUGCUGUGAAAGUGCCUUCCAUUUUUAAGCUUCUGAUUAAGGAGGUUCUCAACCCUUUUUACAUUUUUCAGUUGUUCAGUGUGAUAUUGUGGAUCACUGAUGAAUAUCACUACUAUGCAUUAGCAAUUGUGAUCAUGUCUGUAAUAUCCAUUGUUAGCUCACUCUACACUGUUAGAAAGCAAUAUGUUAUGUUACAUGACAUGGUAGCAGCUCACAGCAUUGUCAGGGUUUCUGUCUGCAGAGGAAAUCAAGAAAUUGAAGAAAUCCUUUCUACCGAUCUUGUGCCUGGAGAUAUCAUGUUGAUUCCAUCUAAUGGGACAAUUAUGCCCUGUGAUGCAGUACUUCUCAGUGGUACUUGUAUUGUGAAUGAAAGCAUGUUAACAGGUGAAAGUGUUCCUGUCACGAAGAUUAAUCUACCAAAUCCUUCAGAAUAUCCAAAAGCAACGGGAGAUGAAAUAUACAGUCCGGAAGCACAUAAGCGGCAUACUUUGUUUUGUGGAACCAAUGUGAUCCAAACUCGUUUUUAUACCGGUGAAUUAGUCAGAGCUCUGGUAGUGAGAACAGGCUUUAAUACUGCUAAAGGACAGCUUGUUCGUUCCAUACUGUAUCCAAAGCCAACUGAUUUUAAACUCUACAGAGAUGCCUACUGGUUUCUUCUGUCUCUGGUGGUGGUGGCAGGCAUUGGGUUUAUUUACACAAUUGUCAAUAGCAUCUUAAAUAAGGUUCCAGCUCAUACCAUCAUCAUUGAAUCUCUUGACAUUAUCACUAUCACGGUGCCUCCAGCACUCCCUGCUGCCAUGACUGCCGGCAUCGUUUAUGCACAAAGACGGUUGAAAAAAAUUGGCAUCUUCUGCAUCAGCCCUCAAAGGAUAAAUAUUUGUGGCCAGCUGAAUCUUGUGUGUUUUGAUAAGACUGGCACGCUUACUGAGGAUGGGUUGGAUCUUUGGGGAAUUCAGCGGGUGGAAAAUGCUCGUUUCCUUUUGCCGGAAGAGAGGGCUUGCAGUGAGAGCUUGCUGAAGUCUGAAUUUAUUGCUUGCAUGGCAACUUGUCAUUCCCUUACAAAAAUUGAAGGGGUGCUUUCUGGGGAUCCACUCGAUCUGAAGAUGUUUGAAGCAAUAGGUUGGAUUUUAGAAGAAGCAACAGAAGAGGAAACAGCACUUCAUAAUCGAAUCAUGCCGACGGUGGUUCGACCUUCAAAACAACUUUUUCCAGAGUCCAAGCAAGCAACUAAUCAAGAAAUGGAAUUAUUUGAGCUUUCGACCGGUUAUGAAAUUGGAAUUGUGCGCCAGUUUCCAUUUUCUUCAGUUCUACAACGUAUGUGUGUAAUAGCGAGAAUUCUUGGGGAGAAGAGAAUGGAUGCUUAUAUGAAAGGUGCCCCUGAAGUGAUUGCAAGCUUGUGUAAGCAGGAAACAGUUCCUGUUGACUUUGAGAGUGUCCUGGAAGAAUACACUAAGCAGGGCUUCCGAGUUAUUGCUCUUGCUCACAGAAAAUUGGAGUCUAAACUUACAUGGCACAAAGUUCAGACUAUUAAUAGAGAUGCUAUUGAAAGUAACAUGGAUUUUAUGGGGUUAAUUAUAAUGCAAAACAAGCUAAAGCAAGAAACCCCUGCUGUACUUGAAGAUUUGCAUAAAGCCAACAUUCGCACUGUCAUGGUUACAGGAGACAACAUGUUAACUGCUAUCUCCGUGGCCAGAGAUUGUGGAAUGAUUCUACCUCAGGAUAAGGUCAUUAUUGCUGAAGCACUACCUCCAAAGGAUGGGCAGGCUGCCAGGAUCAACUGGCAUUAUGCAGAUACCCUCGCAAGAUGCACUAGUUCAUCACCAGCCAUAAACUCAGAGGAUAUUCCAGUUAAAUUGGUCCAUGAAAGUCUUGAGGAUCUUCAGAUGACCAAAUACCAUUUUGCAAUGAAUGGAAAGUCAUUUGCGGUGAUCUUGGAGCAUUUUCAGGACCUGGUACCCAAGCUUGUGUUACAUGGCACUGUGUUUGCUCGUAUGGCUCCUGAUCAGAAAACUCAGUUGGUGGAAGCUUUACAAAAUGUAGAUUACUAUGUGGGCAUGUGUGGAGAUGGUGCAAAUGACUGUGGCGCACUAAAGAGGGCACACGGUGGUAUAUCUUUGUCUGAACUUGAGGCUUCUGUGGCAUCACCAUUCACUUCCAGGACACCUAGUAUUUCCUGCGUGCCAAAGUUGAUCAGGGAAGGCCGUGCUGCUUUAAUAACUUCCUUCUGUGUAUUUAAAUUCAUGGCAUUAUACAGCAUUAUCCAGUACAUCAGUGUUACUCUGCUAUAUUCUAUCCUGAGCAAUUUGGGAGACCACCAGUUUCUCUUCAUUGAUUUGGCAAUCAUUUUGGUGGUUGUAUUCACUAUGAGUCUGAACCCUGCUUGGAAGGAGCUAGUUGCGCGAAGGCCUCCAUCAGGUCUUAUCUCAGGUCCACUUCUGUGCUCUGUUUUGUCUCAGAUCAUCAUCUGCCUUGUUUUCCAAACAUUUGGGUUUCUUUGGGUCAAACAGCAGCCCUGGUUUGAACGCUGGAAACCAGAAUCUGAUGCAUGUAAUGUACGGGAUGCCACAAACAUCAGCUCUGCACACGAUGGGAACGAGACUCUGGAUGAUGAACAUAACAUUAAAAAUUAUGAAAACACAACUUUGUUUUUUAUAUCCAGCUUUCAGUACCUCAUAGUGGCAAUUGUCUUUUCAAAAGGAAAGCCCUUUAGACAACCGUGCUACAAAAAUUUUCUGUUUGUUACUUCUGUGGUAGUUCUUUAUGUCUUCUUAUUUUUCAUCAUGUUGCAUCCCUCUGAACUUAUUGACACGUCUUUUGAGCUGGUAUGUGUGCCAUAUGAGUGGCGCCUGAGAAUUCUCAUCAUUGUUAUUGUCAACGCAAUUGUAUCCGUGCUGAUGGAGAAUGUCCUCCUUGAUAUGAUCCUUUGGAAGGUUGUGUUCAGUCGAGACAAACAAGGAGAAUAUCGCCUCACCAUACCCCAGCCGCCUCAGGAGGCUGUGGAUCGUCGUGGAGUCUGUUUCCUUUCUUCCCUGUUCGGUUAUAGAGAGAAGACGCCAAAAGCCAAGUAUAUGCAUCUAGCUCAGGAACUGCUGGUUGAUCCAGAAUGGCCACCGAAACCCAGAACAACAACAGAAGCUAAAGUACCAUCCCAAGAAAAUGGCUCAUAUCAAAUCAUCACUUUAACGUAACGGUGGAUCUUGGUGGCACGUGUGUUCAGUAGAAUUGAGAAGAAUGUAACUUAAAGGCUUUAUUUGAAAUUGUGGUAUCCUAAACGUUAUAUUCUAAUGCAGAUUUUUCCAACUGUUUCAUCUCUCUGACUACAAAGUUCAGAGCCAGACAACUUAUGGCUAUACGUUUUUGUUCUGCCUAAGGUAGCCUACAUUUUUAGAAUGAUUGUUUCCUUCCACCUUCUUUCAAAUUUCACUAUUCCUAAAUGAGAUGUGUUUGAAGAUUUAAACUGCAGGGCAGUUAAACAGGUUCAUUUUAUUUGCCUGAAGUUUCUCAAUCAUUGUUCUAACUUCCUUACAGGGACACGUGUUAAUUGUAAGGUCUACGAUGUAAUGGUUACAUGAUAGUACUAGAGGCAUGUAAUAACUUUGUCAUACGCUUAUUUGUUUUGUUUCCUAAUAUUCACUGCUGAAAAGCUUUGUGCCCCAAAGGGUGCUAAAGUUUUGGUGUGUGUACCUCUAAGUUUGUCCCUGCUGGUAAGGAGCGUUUCCAGCUGUAAAUGUUUGGAUUUGAAGUUUAGUUCUUUAGUCUGCCGCAGCAGGAAUUGGGAAUGCUACAGAAGCAAUGUGCUCUGUCCUCCAGAAGAAAGCAUAUUGCUUUCGAGUGGGUUCUUAGCUGCUUUCCUCACUAGCUCUAAAGAAGGACUUCAGUGGACUUCAGGAGGAGGAGGCAUUUGGCUGUGCUCUCAAAGUUUUCGGAGAAUCUAAUGCUUCUGUCUCAUAUUUUAGUGUCUUUAGCUAUGCAUUUCUCCACAGACCUUGCUUUUUUCCAGCAGGUGGGCUGGAUUAUCACUUUGUGGACCACGUUUUAUUUGUAAACCUUAAAGUAGUUUUCUAUAUCUCUUGAAGUAGUAAGGCCAGAGCUGUUGCUGCAGGUGGGAUGCAGUGGGUGGGAGGAAUAUUUUCACAUGCCCAUGCUUGGAUUUGUGCAUGUUAAAAACAUACGCAUUGCAAAGAGGCUGCUAGUGACUUAAAGUAACUUAAGCACUAUAUGUAGCUGUAUGAAACAAAGUUAAGAGAAAAUAGAUGAGCUAAAAUCUGUCUUGCUGCAGAACUAAAAAGCUUAUGAUGGAUAUCACUUGAAAACAAAACAAAACAACAAAAAAACCCAACAAAACCUAAACCUCGUGUCACUAAUAAUGCUGCUUAAGCGCUUGGGAUAGCAAUGCAUCGUUUUGCCAUUAGGUGGUGUCAAAGCACAAGACCACUAGAAAAAUAGAUCAGCAACUAUGUAGAAGCAGGAAUUACCUUCACUUGCAAAGCUUUAAAAUGGUGUUCUUUCCUUUUUUUCCUUUUUUUUUUUUUAAAUAAAUGACAAACUACUUAUCUCCAAACCAUCUUCAGCUUGCUGAACUUUCAGAAAAAUCUAUGGUGUCUUUGAGAAGAUGAUAAAAAUACUGACUUUGAUCAGUCUGUCCUGGCCAGAUGAAACUGACUGAUUCAGACUCCUUCCUCUGGGAAGGGAUCUUAGAUCCAGAGAAUUCAUAAUACUUUAGAGAAGGAACUCGUGUCCUUUAGAGGACUUAGGUGAAGAGUGGAAGGAGGGCCCUGAAUAUCGCUGACUGGCUGGCAUUAGUAUCAAUUGUGUAUUCUGAUUUAAUUUUUAAAAAUUCCUGUGGAGAUGAUUCCUUUCCAGAAUUAUUCUAAUAAAUAGAUAUUUUUAUUCAGGUUGUGCCUAAUUUCCCUUUGCUGUGCUGUAGGGUAGUGUAGGCAGCAACCCCCCCACUGCUCAUAUUACGGUUUCUGCAGUGCUGAAUAUACUGUGCCAGUGGGGAAUUCAAAGUGGUGCUAAAUGGUUUGGAAGACUUUUCCUAGAAUUUGGGGGUUUAAAUUAUUAGCACUUAUGCUCAUAAAUAGUAUGCUUAUGUGCUAUCCUCCAGUCCAGCUGUCAACUCUUUUCCUGAUAUUUUUGUUAGCUUGUUUUCGGGGGUGGAGUAAGAAUAGGGGGGAAGUGUUUUUCUUAGCAUUCGUUCAACAGAGCAAUGUAAAACUCUUAUUUUCCUGGCUUCUUGGGGUCAUAAAUGACAGACAGCGUUGGUAGCUUUAAAGGGUCUGGGAUCAUGGACAUGGAUAAACUUGUUAAUCGUGAACUUGAGUCAGUUGGUCAUUUUAUGCCAGCGUUGCUUUUUAUGAAAUCUUUGUAGCAUGGAAUAAUUGAUGAAGAGUAAUUCUAAGCUGCGUGAGUAGUAUUCAAAUUUAAAGACAACCAUUUUAGCUUAAACUGUUGUGAAGCUCUGCACCUUGGAACUGGGAGCCCAUAAACGCGUAAGCUUCUGUGCUCCAUUUCAUUCAUCAUUUAGACCAUUUUAGAUUGGUUGUUCCAUCAGAAGUGAAAGAAAAAAAUGUCCCUUUUAGAUGCUUUUGCUUAAUGCUUUCUCUGAUCUGCUAAUUUCUCUCAGCUUAUUUGGUUUAUGAAGCUAAUAUUUCAAUCAUUAUUCUAAUUUAUUAGAUUUAUGUAGGGAGUAAGGAGGGAAUUACUUAUUCUUGUUUGCAGAGAACAUGCUAGAGAGCUCUUACUAAUAAAACCAAAAUUGCCAUGCAUUCUCUACUUAGUUGAGUGGUUAACGGGUCACUAACCUAUUAAUCUUGAAAAUUCUGCAAAUCAAAGCUAGUUUCUUCAAGGUAUGCAUUCAGAAUCAGUAAACGUUCUUGAGGUUGCAUGCUUGAGCUCUGACCUAUUUGCUUCUGCCAUUUAGUCAAGGAUAGUAAAUCAGCUUUUCCUAGAAUUUUUCUUGCUGUAAAGUCAGCCACAAAAUAAGCUUUUGCAUCUUCUACAAUUACUGGGAUCGAUGCCUUUCUGCCCAAGAGCUGAAUUUGGCCACCUAUAAUUUUUCUCAUUUUGAGCAGUCUAGUUUUUCUGGUUUUCAGAAAUGCAAGCAGCUGCUCUGAAGUAAGAUGAAAUUCAUAUUGUAGUGAGAAAUCUCUUCUGGUGUUCAUCUUGGGAGUCUAAAUUCGGGCAAACAGACCAAUGUAGUGAGCUCCAGUAGAUAUUUAGUAGACAUUUUCUUCCUGCUGUAUAUUUGGGCCUUAUGUUGAGGAGUUUGAUUUAUUAUUAAAUUAUUUGUGUAUGCAGACUUUAAUCUGUACGUAUUUUACUUUGAUGUAUUAGGAUUUGUAAAUAAACUGAUUUUUAAAUAUUAUUUAUACACAUUCUUAAAGGACUGGUCUACCCAGGCGAGCAAUUGCUGAGUAAUAAAUGUUACUUUUUAGAAAUAAAUCACAAGAUCAUUAAAUUGUAUAUCCCUCAGGGUUAUUUUUAAAAGGUUUUCUUUCUUCCCUUCGGAUUUAAUUAGCAGUAACGAGUUUCACAUAAUAUAGAACUAAAUCUACUGUAGAAAGAAAAUGCUGCAAACAAUGCUUGAGUAGAAGCAGCUCAAACACCCACAGAACUGAUUGUCCACUGUCAUUGUAACUUUAAAUUGGGAACUUGUACUGUUGCACUUUUAAGAAGUUGUUGAAUUUUUAAUUCUAUUUAUUUUUUUCUUUGUGAAGGUUGUGCUGAGCAGACAUCCCAGACUGGGUUAAUACUCCCGUACUGCGUAUGUGUAUACAGUAUAAUACUAAGCAGAUGUGGAGUCCUUUUUUUUUAUGCUGCAAAUGUUUAAUGCUUAUGUUGGUCAUCAAGAACUGCAAGAGCUGAAGUUCUGUGGGAUUUCUCCCAUGAAAUUCUGACUUGUAAACUUAGGUUUUUGUAUGUCUAAGGGAAAGCUGUGGGGUUUUGACAGUUUUUAAGUCUCGAAUAUGUUGAUUUUAUACAGUAAAGCUUCAGGUUUUUAGAUCUAUUUUCAACAAACUGCAUCAUCUUUGAUAAUUACGUGAGCCAGAAACUACUCAGUUGAUCAUGAAUUCCUCAAUCCUAAUACAGAUUAAAAGAAUCAUCGUUACAGCACUCUCUAGAAGCUCAGCUUCCUUUUUAUUUUUAAUCUGAAACGAUUCUGCAUCUUUGUAUUUAAAAUAUGUAUUGCUGCUCUAGAAUGGUACCCUGUCAAGAGGCAUACAUAAAUAACUGUACAAUAGAAUUGUAAAUAGUCUUGUAAAUCAUUUUUGUGACUGAAACUCUUUGAAAAUAAAAUUAAAACAAACAGAUAUUUUAA